UCAACUUACCUGGCAGACUGUCAAUUUAGGUGUUAUCAAAAUGAAGAGUCUACCCCUCUGGCAGUUAGUGCUUGACUACUGCAUCACCAACCAAUCAGAUUCAACCAACACUUUGUUUGAGGAAGGAGUGAGCUGGCAUGCUGCGGUGUCCGGUCCCGUAAAGGUACUCUACUUACAGUGGACUUUCCUGUCCGCAGGCAUCAGUGCUACCAGAGAGCUCUACAAAAGGUUUAUGCAGGCAGGACUUGUUCCCCUCCAGCUCAUUAAGGAGUAUAUUACAAUGGAAACAUCCCAGGCCAAACCCAAGAUGAAGCUCCUACGACAGGCCUAUGAGAAUGCAAUAUCUGAGUUUGGGUCUACAAAUGCUGACCUGUGGAUCGACUUUAUUCAACUGGAACAGACCCACCCACAGGGCCGUCCGGAGGAGGCAGGCAGUAUCCACUUCCGAGCAGUCAAAUGUCUGGAGGGAGAUCUCAACCAACAAUUUAUCACAAAGUACACUCUCUUACAGACUGGACACUUGGAUGUAUGACAGACAAGUAACUCUACAGACUGCACACUUGUAUGUAUAACAGACAUACGGCUCUACAGACUGCACACUUGGAUGUAUGACAGACAUAGGACUCUACAGACUGCACACUUGUAUGUAUGACAGACAUAGGACUCUACAGACUGCACACUUGUAUGUAUGACAGACAUAGGACUCUACAGACUGGACACUUGGAUGUAUGACAGACAUAGGACUCCACAGACUGGACACUUGGAUGUAUGACAGACAAGUUACUCUACAGACUGCGCACUUGUAUGUAUGACAGACAUAGGACUCCACAGACUGGACACUUGGAUGUAUGAUAGACAUAGGACUCUACAGACUGGACACUUGUAUGUAUGACAGACAUAGGACUCCACAGACUGGACACUUGGAUGUAUGACAGACAAGUUACUCUACAGACUGCACACUUGGAUGUAUGACAGACAAGUUACUCCACAGACUGGACACUUGGAUGUAUGACAGACAUAGGACUCUACAGACUGCACACUUGGAUGUAUGAUAGACAGGACUCUACCGACUGGACACUUGUAUGUAUGACAGACAUAGGACUCCACAGAUUAGACACUUGGAUGUAUGAUAGACAUAGGACUCUACAGACUGGACACUUGUAUGUAUGACAGACAUAGGACUCUACAGACUGCACACUUGGAUGUAUGACAGACAUAGGACUCUACAGACUGCACACUUGUAUGUAUGACAGACAUAGGACUCCACAGAUUAGACACUUGGAUGUAUGACAGACAUAGGACUCUACAGACUGGACACUUGUUUGUAUGACAGACAUAGGACUCUACAGACUGCACACUUGGAUGUAUGACAGACAGGACUCUACAGACUGCACACUUGGAUGUAUGACAGACAUAGGAUUCUACAGACUAGACACUUGUAUGUAUGACAGACAGGACUCCACAGACUGGACACUUGGAUGUAUGACAGACAAGUAACUCUACAGACUGGACACUUGGAUGUAUGACAGACAAGUUACUCUACAGACUGGACAUUUGGAUGUAUGACAGACAUAGGACUCGACAGACUGGACACUUGGAUGUAUGACAGACAAGUUACUCUAUAGACUGCACACUUGGAUGUAUGACAGACAUAGGACUCUACAGACUGGACACUUGGAUGUAUGACAGACAAGUAACUCUACAGACUGCACACUUGUAUGUAUGAUAAACAUAGGACUCUACAGACUGGACACUUGGAUGUAUGACAGACAAUUAACUCUACAGACUGGACACUUGGAUGUAUGACAGACAGUGAGGACUUCCAAAGUAUUGCUGGGACAAAUAUUUGCGGUUCAUGGUGUAAUGGAAUAACGACGGUACUGUUAGAUAAACAAAACGUUAGACUUGUAUUUGAGUGUGAUUAAAAGAGAUGAUAUUACAUGUUAUCCUCUGGUGAUGUCUGAAGGAGGCUGGUGUGGAUACAGGAGUAACUUACAGCAAAGUUUUUGUUACUGACAUAUGGAUAAGCUGAAUAAAUGUGGAUUAAAAUAGAAAAACUGUAAAUCAGGUGUUAGGAGU